AUGUCUUGCACGGAAGGGCGCCAGAAGCAACGACUCCUCCGCUAUCAGGAAAGCCGAGCGGAGCGGAAGCGCUGCUUUCGGGGGUUGGUGGACAGCCCGAGAGAAACCCGAGCCGCGUCCACACGUGAUGGAUGUGGACAUACCAUUUUAGGUCCUGAAAGUGGAACGUUUACAUCAAUUAACUACCCACAUGCCUAUCCCAACAGCACAGUGUGCGAAUGGGAGAUUCGGGUGAAGCCAGAACAAAGAGUUCAGCUAAAAUUUGGUGAUUUCGACAUUGAUGAUUCUGAUUCUUGCCAUUUUAAUUAUGUUCGAGUUUACAAUGGAAUUGGGCCUACAAGGACAGAGAUAGGAAAAUACUGUGGUUUAGGCCUACAGAUGGACAAUUUAAAUGAAUCAAAGAGUAAUGAAAUUACAGUACAAUUCAUGAGUGGCAUACACUUCUACGGACAUGGAUUUCUUGCAUCUUAUUCAACCACUGACAAGCCAGAUUUAAUAACAUGUUUAGACACUGCAAGUCACUUCUCUGAGCCAGAGUUCAGCAAAUAUUGUCCAGCGGGAUGUGUGCUUCCUUUUGCCGAAAUUUCUGGGACUGUUCCUCAUGGCUACAGAGACUCAUCUUCCCUUUGCAUGGCCGGCGUACAUGCAGGAGUAGUAUCCAAUGUUCUGGGAGGUCAGAUCAAUGUUGUCAUCAGCAAAGGGCUUCCAUAUUAUGAGAGUUCCCUGGCCAACAAUGUCACAUCAAAAGUAGGACCACUGUCUUCAGGUCUCUUCACUUUCAAAACUAGUGGUUGCUACGGUACAUUGGGUAUGGAGUCUGGAGUAAUUGCUGAUUCGCAGAUUAAUGCAUCAUCAUUUCUAGAAUGGCCAGAGCAAAUGGGCCAGCCAAGCACCUGGAGACCUGAAAGAGCCAGGUUGAAAAGGCCUGGACAUUCUUGGGCAGCUUUUACCAAUGAUGAAUAUCAGUGGUUACAAAUAGACCUAAACAAAGAGCAGCGAGUAACUGGUAUCAUUACUACUGGCUCCACCUUAGCAGAGUACCAUUAUUAUGUCUCUGCCUACAGGAUUUUCUAUAGCAGUGAUGGACAGAAGUGGACAGUAUACAGAGAACCUGGUGUUGAGAGGGAUAAGAUAUUUCAAGGCAACACUGGAUAUUAUCAAGAAGUGCGAAACAAUUUCAUUCCACCCAUCAUUACUCGUUUUAUUAGAAUAAAUCCUGUGAAGUGGCAUCAGAAAAUUGCAAUGAAAGUAGAACUGCUAGGAUGUCAGUUUAAUAUUGUUCGAGCUCCAAGACCUACAGCACCUCCGCCACCCAGAAACAGCAAUGAUUUUCCUUUCCAGACUGACGAAACAACCUUCACUCCAAGGAUCAAGAACACUACAGUAACUCCGAGUGUAACCAAAGAUGUGGCAUUGGUAGCUGUCUUGGUUCCGGUGCUGGUCAUGGUCUUUACUACACUAAUCUUGAUCUUAGUUUGUGCCUGGCACUGGAGAAACAGAAAGAGAAAAUCAGAAGGAACUUAUGACAUACCCUAUUGGGACCGUGCAGGAUGGUGGAAGGGAAUGAAGCAGUUUCUUCCUGCUAAGACUUCAGAACAUGAGGAAACCCCUGUCCGUUACAGCAGCAGUGAAGUUAAUUGUCUUAGAUCAAGAGAAGUAACAACCAUGUUACAAACUCAGUCUGCAGAGUAUGCACAGCCACUGGUGGGAGGAAUUGUUGGCACACUUCACCAGAGGUCAACCUUUAAACCAGAAGAAGGAAAAGAAACAAGCUAUGCUGAUAUGGAUCCUUACAACUCCCCUGAACAAGAGAUUUACCAUGCCUAUGCUGAGCCAUUACCCAUCAGUGGACCAGAAUAUGCAACGCCAAUAGUGAUGGAUAUGUCAGGUCACCCUGCAGCUCCUGCAGUUAUUUCUUCUGUGUCUACAUUCAAGGCUUCAGGGAAUCAAGCACCUCCCAUAGUGGGAGCUUACAAUAAACUUGUUUCCAGGGCAGAUAGCUCAUCACCAUCAUGUAUACUCUAUGAUACCCCCAAAGGGAUGCCAGGAGUCAGUUCCUCUGAUGAAUUGGUAUACCAGGUGCCACAGAACUUGCCACAUUCCACAGGAAGUAGAGAAGAAGAAGUUAGUUAAAAUGACUUUAAAAAUUUAAAUCCUUGGGAAGUGAUGUCAGAACUUUGUGUUGAAGAAAAAUGUGAGACUUUAGUCCUAGAAAAAGAUGAGUCAGCUGCCCCUUUGUGGGUCUAUAUACAACUACUGCUUUCCUGUUCAUAAAAUGAUGGGCUUUCCCUUCGCUACUGAUGUGCACUGCAUUCUAUGUUAGACAGGUGUGAGAAACUUAAAAGAUGCCUUAUCACUGAGUGCUAAUGUAUAUGUCACUGCAGUUAUAAAUUUGUCCAGAACUCCUCAUGUAUGGCCUGAGUGCCAAGAAAAGGAAAGGUACUUUUCUGGACAGAUAAAACGUCUUUGAAGGCACUGAUGCUAGCUUGCUAGUAUUUCAAAUAUAUGAACUAAGUUCAGUUUGACUCCCAACUACAGUACCUACCCAUUCGAAUGAAUGUGGUUUGUUGGUCAGCACUAAUGUAAGUCAAGAGUUCUACUGCAGUUUGGACACAAAGUAGAUUUAGUUUACUGUUUUAACAGAUGGACCAUCUAACUGGUAACAAAGUAUUACCUACAAUCUCUUUCAAGUCUUUGUCGUACACCAGCAGUCACAGACACUCCGUGUUCAAGGGGGCACCUUGUGAAUGCAAUUCUGCUUAUUCCUUGAAACCCUGGGGCACUGUGCUAUCUUUUUCAUUGAGCCUGAAAAAAUUCCAGAUAGGUUGGGGCUAGAACAUAUUUUCCAUUUGUCACCAAAGCCAUAUUUGUGUUUGGUAUCAAAUUUACCACAGCAUCCUAGUUUGCUUGGAUCACAAAUUCAGUGGCCAGAGUCCUGUUGCCAGUUUACACACUUGUGUGAGGGAAAAUCAUGUUAAGUCUCGGAGCACACUGCCACUCAUCAAGGAGGUGCUGAUCAGGCCCAUGCCCAGGAAUGCAAGCAGCAUCUUAUAUUAAUCAGUAGCAGUACACCACCAAAACUGAAUGUUGUUACUCUUAAACAAGCAUAAAUCACCAUUAGAUUUCUGGCAAGUAGGUGGCAAAUGCUGAUCUACAAUAUGACAAUUAUAAAAUGUGAUAAGGUAUUUAGUGGUUUGAAGAACAGAAGUAGAGUAGAAAUGCUAAGCAUUACUUCAUGGCUAAACCAGGCCUUAUUGGAAGUCUCUUGGCAACAGACAUUGCUCUGACAGCUAAAAAUGUAAUUAUUUCCUCUAACAUUAGAAAAACAGAGACCAUUUAAAUUGAACAAAUGGCCAAAAUCUUAUUCCAUAGUUACUCUGGUGUAACACAAAUGGUGUACAUUUUGGAAGUGAAUUGUCUGAAGUUAAGAAAUCACCACAGCCAUUAUCCGUUGAUUACUGAGUCUCAAGACUCAUUUGCACAACAUACAGUGUCAAUGGUGAUUUCUUAACUUCAGGCAAGUCACCUCUGGAAAUUAUGCUGUUUCUGUUAGACCAGCAUAACUACACAACAUAAUUUUUGCCAUUUUUAAAAAAAGAAUGUAGAAAUAUAUUUGAUUUUUAAAACCCAAGCACAUGAAGAUAAUCUAUUCUAUAUACUGUGUGUAUACAUCUGAGUGUACACCAGGGCUCCUGCACAUCUGUAUUUGUACAGCUGCUCCCAAGUAUGGUAUAUUUCUAUGCCUUAAGAAAAACAUUUAUACAUUGACUACCUGGAGUCUUUAAAAUGUGAAAUCUGCUAGUCUUUAAAUUAAAUGUUGAAACAACCUUAAAUAUUGGCAUUUAGUGUAAUAUGAGACACAUCAAGAUUGUUUGACCCUCCCAGGUUCUGUAAAUUCAAAAUUCUCUGUAGCUUUUAGUUCAGAAUUAAAGGCACAUAAUAUUCCGAAUCCUAGUGAAAUUAUUUUUUCCAAGAUUUAUAUACUUGAACCAGUUAGUGAGUUUAUGCACAAUAAAAAUUCAUAAAAGCUUAACUAUGUAAUUUCACAAACCAAACUCCCUCUUUGCCAUGUUUAAAUGCAUAUGACCAAAAAAAAGCACAUUGGAAGAAUGCAUUGUUUUAUUGCAGUAUGACGUCACUGCAGUGAUGAUGCAGAAUAGACAAGCAUAACAUCCCUCCAUAUGCCAUAGCCCAGUUUUAUGGACUUAAAAGUAUUUUAUAAAUGCAUUAAUUCCAAAAGAACGUAGCAUAUUUUUCUUGUGGUCUUUAUUACUGAAUGCACAAUAUUUGAAUCUAGCCUGAUGGUAAAAUUCAUCCUGACAAUCACUGUUGAUAAACUGAAGGACAACAUACUUGCCCAACACUCCCAUUUUAGCAUCAUGGUAAUGCUGGUCUCCUCUUAUGCCCUUUUCCAUUUAUAUUGUUGUUUUUAUUUAUAAAAGUGAUACAUAACUUAUUUUUAUUUUGUGACUGCGGUACACUAAGCUAAAUAUGUGGCCUAAGAAAACUUUCAGAAUAUGUGUAUAUAAAGAGUCUAUUCUGUGGCCUUCUUUAAUUCUUGCUUUGUUUGAUCCAACUGAUGUGGCUAAAUCUCUGCUAGAUUGGAUUUAUGAGAUUUGUAUGAAUACCAAAAUUAUACUUCAUCAAUGUAUCUAUGUUAUGUUUGCUAAACUCAGUUGUUCUUAACAAAUUGGCAUCAUUUAAAAUGAACGGUAGAGGGAGCAUAUGCUGAUAACAUUUCAAAAGUUCCUGAUAGUAUUUUAUAAAUAAAAAGUGGAUUUUUUUGUUAUUUUCAAAAACUGAUUGAGUUUUGGAAGGAAAAUGUAAGAGAGCAAUUCAGAGGUUGAAGCUACGGUACUUGUGUGUCUUGCUCAGCUACUCAUAGUCAUGUUCUGUAGUUCCUGGGCCCUUGUCUUGGUUAAAGAUUGGAGUUGUUUAGUUUGGUUAAAUGGGGCAGACCAAAACAAACGUGAGAAUAUCAUUUCAGUCUGACUACAGUUAUUUUUAUUGAUUAACAUUAAAUAUUUGAUUUUUUUAAAUUGGCAUAUGUUCACAAGACAGUUUGCCAGAUAAUAGAUAAAAUAAAUCCAAUUAAAGUAAUGUUGAGCUAUAAAAUUAAUAGCAGGAGAACAAUCUUAGCUAAUUUCCAAAUGUCUGCUGGAAUAUAUGCACCUAGAUUUUACAGAUGUUGUAAACUCUUCUUAAAAUGGUCUGCUCAGAUUGUAAACAUACAGUAGCCUUUCUUUCUCUUUCUUUCUUUCUUUCUUUCUUUCUUUCUUUCAGAAAGUGAGAGUUUAACUUGAAAUCAACUUUAUCUCUGUGUGUCACCAAAGUUUUUGAUUUUUGUAUACUUGAGGUUUUGUACAAAAUUGAGGCAUACAUGAAAGAAGACACUACCAAAAAGCCACUGUAGGUUGCCUUUCUGUCUCCUGCAGAAAAAUGUGCAUCCAGGGUGCUAGUUAAAAGUGCACCACAGACUUCAGUGCACACAGGUGUAAAAGCAAGCCACUCCUCACCAGUAAGUUGCAAAAUGAAUCUGACAGCACAUCAAAUGCUGGAACUAUCUUAAAGUUACUGUGUGAGGAAUUGAAUGCAUCAACAUAAAAAUGUCAGAUGAAAACAACCUUCUUGAUUUACAGCCCCGUACUUUAGAACUUAAGUUAUUGAUUCCUGAAUGUAAAACACACAGCACAGACAGUUAUUAUGUAUUUUGAUUUUUGGUCCAAAGUUGUUAUUGUCUUUGAUAGGCUGAUGCUAAGUAUGUGCAGAAGGGUCUGUGUUAUAGUGCAGGUGAGAUGGGUACAAAUAAUGUUGAGUGGUUAUUUACCUAGAAUGUACUUUUUACCUCAGCAUGUUCGGUAGUCAUUUUGUAUAUGUAUAUGUUGCUAGAAUUUAGAUAAUUUAGAUAAUUUUUAUGUAUGUGUUAAGAACUUUUAAAUAAAAUGCACAAUGUGGAA